UUUUCCCAAUAGAAUUAUUUUCGAGCGCUAGCUGGUUUGUCCUUGGAAAUUAGUUAAUUUUUUCGCUCGUAGUGACUAACGUAACGCAUCUCACGUUACGAUCAUUCAUCUUCGUAGAUUGUUAUAUUCAAGUCCGUCUUCAAAUUCCACUCAAUAAAUUCGCACUUCGACAAUGUUCGCCCAAGCAUCUCUGCUGCUUCUCCUGCUCGCGGUGAGUCAAAGUCCGGCCAGUGCCAGCGACUACGACGUCUGCCCGAACUUCGUCGACUGCUUUUGUAGUCCUAAUGAGAACAGCAUCACCACUCCUAGCAAAGAGGGCGCCCUAGAAUCUUGUCUGUCUUUCCUACACCAAAAGAAACUUCUUAGGUUCAAGCAACUGGAAAUAAAAAUGGAAAAUAAAAACCUGAGUUUGAGGGAAAACUUACUGAAGGAUAUUCAAUUCGACGAGGUCUUCGUUUACGAGGCAAACAUCAUUGAAUUCAAUGAGAACUUUUUGGGUGCUACCCGAGAAACGGUCCAGGAUGUCAAUAUCCUCGGCAGCAACCUCAAAGUUUUUCCAAAGAUCAAUUCGAGUUCACUGGUGCGUUUGCUGACUCAAGAUACCAGUCUUCUGGACAUCCCCGGUGACGCCUUCCAGCUCACUCCACAAGUGAAGGAAAUCAAGAUAAUUAGCACUCAGCCCAAGCUGACCAUCAACUCGGGGGCGUUGGAGCCACUCACUCACCUGGAGACGUUCUACCUCCGAGGCGUACAAGCGCUCCAUCUCGCCAAAAACGCCGCCAAAAUUUCUUCUGCAGCCUUCAAGCUCUUCGAUGCCUGGGGCACUCUGAGCGCUGAACCUGGUGCCUUCUCAGGCUUCACAAGUGGAAGUGCGCUGAACAUGGAGAAAUACGACGGGCUGUGGAGCCGCGACAUCUUCUACGAUCUGCUCGCUGCCGGCGCUACGAUUAGCACGCGUGACGCUCAACCUUGUGAUUGUGACUUCGCCUGGAUCAGGCACAGCAACUUCCUACCUCAAGUCGAAAAGGUCCGUUGCCACGGUCACACCUACCCUGUCUCACCAUCGUCGAUGAACUUCUCGACUUGCCCCAUCUGAGAUCUCGACCAGACCAUGCUUGAAAACUGCUACCGAGUAGCUCGUUCUUUAAUAUAAAGCAAUAUACUCGGGUUGAAUUAAUUUAUUUCAAUGAACUCCAUCACAGAAAGUACAUCAAAUCGGUGACGACAAACCAAAGUUCGUCUUCUACAUAAAGUCACAUUUACUUCACUUCUUUCAUAAUGCUCCUCAAUUAAUCUUACACAAAUAAAGAAUUUAACGUAUGAAUUUAGCAUCACUGAAAAAUCUCAAAGAAUUUCCUUAAUGGUGAUGAAGUAUCUACGAAUAGUGAUCAUUUCAAGCCGUCACUGCGCCUGUAUGAAAAAUUUACUCAUUUAAUGCUUAAAGGGAUUUUGCAGACAGUUGAGUGGCAGAGUUUAGUUACCUUGCUUUAGGUUUUUUUUAUAUACGUUUUGAGAAGGGAUUUUCCGGUUAGUUUAGUUAAAUUGUUUUAGAAAUAUUUAUAUAUACGUUUGGAGGAGGGAUUUUCUGGUUGGUUUAGCUACCUUGUUUUAGAAUUAUUUUUGUAUUCGCUUGGAGGAGGCAUUUUCUGGACUAUAGGAUUAUGUUUGCUCUGCAUGCUUAAGCUUCAUUUUAGAUUUUCGUUUCGCAGCGCUCGUUCCUUAUUUUCAACAAUAUUAAUCCGAAAUACUAACGUAUAUUUUAUUAUUAUUAUUUUCCUUCGUGUAAUUUCAGAUGAACAAAAUUGAGCUCCUUUGUAAAUUGUUGCAAUCCCGCUUUUUCACUUGCGCGUUUAAAACGACACCAUGUUAGAGACCGCUAGAGGCACGACGCCCAGUAAGAUCAUAACUUCUUAAAAACAUUACCAGUGAAUUGUUUCCCUGCUUCUGGUUGAUAGAAAUUACUCAAUAAAACAACCCCA